AUGGACAUCGCUCAAAAGCGCAAAGCGCUCUUGCCGAAGAUCCUAGAGAGUGGGUUAGCGGCAUUAAUAACUUUGAAAGAAACAUGCAGCAGUAUGCAGGCAGAGAUCGCCUCACUCGAGGCAGAUCCGACAACGAUUGGUCCAGAAAACCAUGGUGGCAGUGAUCGUCCAAACGAAACGGCGUCAGAGCAGGAGGACCCCAAAAGCCCACAGGGUUUACAAGAACCCGAGCAGCAUACAAACCAGCAUGUGUAUGGGGACUCAGAGCGUCUUGCCGCGGACGAUGAAGACACGAGUGAUACGAUUCGGUCCGGAACGCCUCACCCAGAGGAGGACAUCCUUGGUGACACCCUUGCCGAUGACUUGGCUUCAGACGUAAGUCAAGAAGUUCAGCCAUCCUCGGAAAACCAGAUCGACCCUGCACAGCAGCCAGCUCAACACUAUAUCCGACACCAGGACACAAUCUUGCAGCCACAGAUCGCAGAUCCCCACCACCCUCACCAACACCAGCAACCUGUCGAUUCCCAGUCCCUGCCUGAUGCCCCCCAAGAGCCUGCACAGCAAGAGUCUGCACCUCAGGGGCUCGCGCCUCAAGAGCUUAGACAGGAUCCCAAUCACGAGGAAUCAAACCUGCCUCUUCAUCUAAAUGUCCGCCAAAUGAAUGAACGACGUCAGGCGAGGGCUCAAAGUAAUUCACCUCCACCACCCGAGCUCCAGCCAAUCAUCCAACAGCACAUACAAGCACAGCAGCUAAUACCACGACAGCGACUGGCUACACAUGCCAUGCCCGUGCCCAUCAUCCACAACAACCUCCUUAUCCCACGUCAAGACUAUCGCUUAAGACAAAUUAGGGGGCUGAUGCAGAACCAUCAAAUUGACCUUACUGAGUUGUUUCGGAUGCUAGGUUCCACUCAUACUGAAUUUCGAAUAUCGUAG